GAGGCACAUGCAAGGCGAAACGGCUUAUUAGGCCACUGGGUGCGGGUGGACCAAUCGCCUCAGACGGCACAACUGCGCCUACAAUACUGCGCAGCUUGAACAACGACCGACCUUUCCACAAUCUCCUCCCAACUCGCGAACCUACAUAAUAGCCGAUGACCUGUUGAUCGACGAUUCUUGUUUCCUGUCCUGGGAUCGCCACGACUUAUCAACCUUCCCCCUUCGAACCGAGUUGGCUUGACCCCCGUCGCUGUCCGUCAUUGCCGUUCCGACCUUGCUCCCUCAAAAAAGUUCUCAACUCAAAUCUUGGAGACAGGGAACUGUUUUCGUACACUCAUUUCCUCACUCGAUCUUACACUCGCCACUGUCUACAUCCUGCUGAGAGAUGCGUCCCUCCAGGCUGACACUGUGAUACUGGCACUGGAUCGGUCGGCCAGGCGGCCUGACGGCGAAUUGGAGUGCUAAGAAUCAGCAUGACACGAAAUGGAUUGGAUAUUCACGGAGACACCACCCCGCCUCUUUCCCCCCUCCUCGCCGUACCUUCGACAGGCAUGGGGGGAGACCAGUCACUGCGAAUCCCCAAAAACAAGAGCACUGGGAAUCUACAGCCCGUCAAGUACGAUGCACCUACGUUUUCUCAGAGAACGCGGUUCUCCUUUGACGCGGGGACUACUCAAGAGAUGAACAACCUGAAAAGGGUUGCUCGUGUCGACCAUGAUGGCCUGGGUAGAUCUGGCCUUCGACGGAUCAGACGACAAGGGCCGUCGUUGCGGACGCCUACGCUGAUCUUGGAAGCUGGGGAGUUCGUUGCUCCUGUGCUUCAUCACUCCAAGACCGCGCCAAUAUCGGGCUCAUCCAGCAGGUCCGUCUCAACUGGCUAUAUGAUGAGCGGACCAUCCUCUCCUGUGAUAGAAGAUCUUCACCGAUUUCCGUCGGAAUCCCUCCACUCAUUCUCCUUCGCCAAACAGUCCGAGGAGAUCCUCCACAGCAGACAAAAUAUCCUCCAGAAGUCGAUUGAUUUCGUAAGGGACCGGUCGUCAUGGGCAGCAAACCCAGCACUGGCCCACGCGGAAGCACGAGUCAGUGGGGAUCCGGAGCUUCAGGGCAUGAUGGACCUGCUCAAGAAGGCCAAUAUCAUCCCCAUUGACACAAGCGGCAGCAGAUCCAAAGCGAUCGGGCUGGGCCCCCUCACCGGGCCAGCGCACGUCGACGGACGCAAUGUUUUCGAAAAGAGCUUCAGCCAGGAGUUAGACAACGCUCAACACGCGAUUGUGAACCCUGAUCCGGAGGAAGAAAUGCAAAAACGAAAGUAUUCCAUAGACGAUGACAUGUCGCCGAACGAGCCUGGUCUUGAAAUGCAGAUACCGCCAACCAGAUCAGAUUCCAUAGACGCACCACGCCGGACUGGGCUCAAGAGGACCUACACUGAUCUGCACUCUGUAUCUUUACAGCAGAAGCUGAUAGAAGCUCUCGCGCAGCCAUACUCGGCAGAUGACAACAAUGUCGUGCAGGGCGCCUCGUAUACAUCUUCAAUAACAGGCGUUCCUGCCACGCCAACCACUGGAAACGCCGCUUCCGUUCAUACCCAUAGCAGCAAGUGGUCGCCUGCGCACCAGGCUGUUUUCCGCACAACAGCAGACGCUCCUUGGACAAUUCUGGCAGCCAACGACCUGGCUUGCCUAAUUUUCGGAGUUACGCGAGCUGAACUCCGGUCUUUGAGUAUUCUUGGAAUCAUUCAGGAAGAAAGAAGGCACUGGUUGGAGACGAGGCUGUCGCGACCUGAAGAAGUUCGGGAACCGAAGUCCCCGCCUCCUCCGAAGAGUGAGGCGAGGAGUACUAGCCUCUCAUUGGUAGGGUCCAGAAGUGGUAUUACAGCUCGGUUACUUAGUAAAGCUCCCUCUCGAGCUAACAAAACUUCAGAAAGAGCAAGGACGGACGAUGGCUCUGGCGGCCACUACAGCCCCAAGCCUAAGAACCACCCGUCAAGCAAAUCUAGGGGCGUCCUCCUUUGCGGUGACAUCGUGCCCAUUCAAAGACGAGAUGGCAGCAAGGGUGCCGCCAGUUUCUGGGUCAUGGAAAAACGCGGUGGUCUUAUCUGGGUGAUUGAAGAGAUCACUGAAGAUGUCGCAUACCUCGAUAUUGACCACUCGGGAGAGGUGAAAAGCGCUCAUGGCGAGAUACUCGCCAUAUGGGGCCGAUCUGAACUGGACGGUACAACCCUCAAGUCUCUACUUCCAAAGUUCCCCUUGGAUGCACUGGACUCCCACGACAAACAUUACAUUGGAUAUUUCGCAGCGGAGACCGCUGAACAUGUCCAGGUACCAACCACGGUGGAAGUGUCACCUACAGGAGACCAGCUCCGAGUCUCCAGUCUACCUCACAUAGCCGGUGUUAUGGUGUUGGACCCAGAUACUCUCAAAAUCACGAGCUCGAACAGCAUAUUCUCGGCCGCGCUGUUUGGCUAUCCGAAACUCGAUGGCUUGCAUAUCGCCAAUCUGAUCCCCAGCUUCGAGGAUGUUUUGAACAUUUUAAAGCAGGACGAUGGCGUUGAUCUCGUGGAUGGGAUUGUCGUACCGGAACACAGCUUUCGCCGGGCGCGGACCAUUCUCUCGCUCCGAGAGGGCAAAGAAAAUCCUGCCCACAUAUUUCUACGGCCGUGCGGCGUCCCUGCCAAACACAGAGAUGGAUCGGAUAUCAUGGUCGAUAUUCAAAUGAGAGUCAUUCGCAGUGAGGCCGUCUUCCCCAUGUCAGACGAGGCAGUGAUUGAGGAAAAAGAUGAGCUCAGGGCAGAGUCAAAUGUUGCCGUGGCUGAGCUCGUCUACGCACUUUGGAUCAUCUACUCCCGCAAUAUCCAUGGUGUGGGAGUAGGCACAAGCGAUGACGAGCCCCUUACCCAUGAACGCUCUCUGUCGCCACCUUCGCAACCAGAACCACCACCAACGCUUCCUUCUCCACCCCCAGUACCUUCUGACAGAUCCGGAGACAGCUCCCAACUGUCGCUCGUGGCUGAUCAAUCCGAUGACACAGAGUCCGUCACAAUGGAUGAGCCGCUCGAACAUCCUCCCCCCCAUAUGACAUAUAUAUCCCACAAGAAAAAGACCAUUGAUGACUUUAUUAUCUUAGAGGAGAUGGGCUCUGGAGCGUAUGGUCAAGUAAAGCUCGUCAGGUAUAAGAAGGGCCAAUCAAGGAAGAUGGUUCUCAAGUAUGUGACCAAGAAGCGCAUCCUGGUUGACACCUGGACCAGAGACCGCAGAUUGGGUACCGUCCCGUUGGAGAUCCAUGUCCUAGACUAUCUCCGUCGAGACGGGCUCCGACAUCCCAAUAUCGUGGAGAUGAUUGACUUCUUCGAGGAUGACAUCAACUAUUACAUUGAAAUGCUACCCCAUGGUAUUCCGGGUAUGGAUCUAUUCGACUAUAUCGAGCUGAGGACGAAUAUGACCGAGGCCGAAAGUCGGAACAUCUUCCGCCAGGUUGUGGACGCCAUUCACCAUCUUCACACCAAGGCUCUUGUGGUGCAUCGAGACAUCAAGGACGAGAAUGUUGUUUUGGAUGGCGAAGGACGAAUCAAACUGAUUGACUUUGGCAGCGCGGCGUACAUCAAAAAUGGACCAUUCGACGUGUUCGUGGGAACUAUAGACUAUGCCGCUCCAGAAGUUCUUCACGGAAAGCCCUAUGGCGGCAAGGAGCAAGACGUAUGGGCAUUGGGCAUCUUGCUAUACACCAUUGCGUAUAAAGAAAAUCCUUUUUAUAAUUUAGACGAAAUCCUCGAUCACCCGCUGCGGGUGCCGUUCUUGCCAUUUUCUGAAGAGUGCCUAGAGCUCAUUCGCAAGAUGUUGGACCGAGACGUGGACAGACGUGUCACCAUUGAAGAAGUUCUUGACGAUCCUUGGCUUGAAGAAGAUGAUGAUGACUGAAAUGAUUGGCUGAUUUUGGGGGCUUUUAUGUGCUAUAUGUGCUAAAUGAACAGACUUACGGCCAAAAAGAAAAAAGAAUGGUUGCGAUGAAUCUUUGCUGGGGGAACAACUGCACUUUCGACAAGUUGGACCAGCGGUCUUUUGAAUGCUAAGAGUCUGAACGGGGCAGAUGUGCGAAUAUGGAUGAGCUUGCCGGGCACCAGCGACAAACCGCAGACAUCCCAAAGGGACGACAAUCGGAGUAGGGAAGCGCUCCUUUUCGCGGAGAGGUCACAGUUCGGUCGAGAACAGGCUCCCAGGACAAUGAAGCAUGGGGUAAGCAUGGCAUCCACUUGGAUACACCGGGCCAAGAACAUGCCUCGCAUGAGCGCAGCAACGGUCGGUUCUCAAUUUCGAGCUGUGGAGAGGUCUAUGCGGUCGACUCCCACCGUUCAGUCUGGAGGGUAGUUGUCCCUCGGCAGACGGAUAGUACCUUUUGAACUAAAGUUCCAAAUGUGAUGUGGAGCAUUUUCAAUUAUACCUAUUCUCCAG